CGAACUGGACGAACUGGACAUUGGUUAAAUCACGGUAAAGAACACUGUUUAGUUGGGGUUAAAGGAGAACCUGAAAAUCUAAACCGUGAAUUAGAUUGUGAUGUUAUUGUGGCAGAAGUGCGAGCUACUAGUCACAAGCCGGAUGAAAUUUAUGGUAUAAUUGAACGACUUUCUCCAGGAACUAAGAAGAUUGAACUUUUUGGUCGUACCCAUAACUUACAACCAAAUUGGAUUACCCUUGGUAAUCAAUUACCUGGGGUCUGUUUACAUGAAGAACAAUUGUUAACUGCUUUCGCUGUUCGUUAUCCUAAUCGGGUGUCUGAGCUUAAAAAAUCUUUAAGUGAUAAAAUAAAUAGAUAAAUUAAAGAGUAUUGAGCUUUGGUGCUCACCAGCGACAAAGAACGUUUUCCAAUUUAUAUGCUGAUUUCGAAUGAAAAUGUUUCAACGAAGUGAUUACUACACUUAUUAGAGGAGACAUUUUGGCUAAGCUAACGCCUCUUCGGGUUAAUUUUACAACAAUAUCAGCACGCAUUUUUCAUCACUACCGUUUUCAUAAUCUCACCCAUUCUGGUAGCUCCCUCGAUGUUUAUUUUAAAGUCAAUUUUGCGUCUUUUUUGUCAACUAUAAAAGACGAAGUAAAACUUUCGAAAAUCAUCAUUCAAUCGACAUCAACAGUCAAAGCAACAACAACAAAAAAACAGUUUUAACAUUAUUUUGUAAAAAAUCAAAACAACAAUAACAACCAAUUUCAUCAUGAAAUCAUUCAUUGCCAUCGCUUUAUUUGCCAUCGUUGCCAUUGCUAGUGCUAACAACCACGCUGAUGGUGGACACAGUACAAUCCAUCGCCAUCAAGAUACCAGUGGAAAGUAUGAUUUCGGUUACCACAUCAACGACCCAUGGGGUUCAGCUAACUACCGGGAAGAAUCUGGUGAUGGCUGGGGAAACGUUCACGGUUCAUACGGACUUAAACUUGCCGAUGGUAGACAGCGAACUGUCAACUAUGUUGCUGACAAAAGCGGUUUCCGAGUAAAGCUUGACUCUAACGAACCCUCAGUUGGCUCAGUUGACUCUGCUGAUGCUAUUUACAACGGUGCUGACCCUCAUGGACACAGUCACACCCAUGUUCCCUCAGGACACAAGGGAGGUCACCAUGAAGGUUCCUGGGAAGGUGGAUAUGAACACCAAAGCCAUGUACCUCACCAUGAACAAGGUCAUGAUUCAUGGAAACAAAAGGACUCAUGGAAACCCGAAGCCAAACACGAUGGAUGGGUUAAACAUUAAAUUGAUUAAUUGACUUUCCUUUCAUCCCUCUCUUCCUUCUUACCCUUUCACUUUUCCCAGUCUUGCUCCUCACCAUCAUCAUCAUCCUUCUCCCUCUAAACCUAUCCCAAAGAAAGCUAAUCGAGAUUGUGAUUAUACUCAAAAAUGGAAAAAUAAUGGUCGGAUAUCGCUCUCCACCUGUGAACAUUCAUCAACUCGAACGGACACAUCUUUCCACUUUCCGUUCUCCAUCAAUAUUAAUUUUCUCAUUCGCCUGUUUGGGGUUGUUUGCUUCAUUAGAUUUAAACAGCAAUAUCGCUCUCACUUUGCAUGGUUGACGCCAAGCACGAUGAUCCAAAACAAGUCAACAGGGUUAUUUAUAAUUAUAAUUAAAUACAAUCAUUUUGACUGUAAAAUAGAAAUAGAUGAAGUUAAAAAUGUUAAAUCUUAUUAAUGCUAAUAAAAACAUCGUUAUUUAAAAGAAAUAAAAAUUUUGACAAUUUAUUGAUUAAAAAAUUACAAAGUUAAACCUGUCAAUCGAAAUGUUUAAUCAUACUUAAAAUUAGAUUAUAUUACUCUUUGUUGUUGUCGCAAAUAGCAAAAUAAUUUUGGUAUUUGAUUAAUCGCUUCUCUUCUAAUUUAAUUUAGCAAAUGGGUUUGUAUUGAUAGAUAAUUGUAAUCAAAUUUAUUAAAACUCACAGUUCCACUCAAAUAAACACACAUGAUUACUCAACAGCGUUAUUAAAUUAUACGAUAUCGUAAAGAUCACCUUAAUUGGGGAUAACAAUUAAGGAAAAAGGAAGGUAUGCUGAAAAAUGCGGAACCAAAAAUCAAUCAGUAAUUUGAUUAGACUAAGUCCACUCACGUAGCAACAAUUAAUUCAAAUAGAUAUUUGAGAAAAUUAUUUAAAUUAAUGACAGUGUUUUGUUGUGUUUUUACUUGAAUGUUUCAUAAGUUUCACAAUUAAUAAUAUAGCAUUUAAAAUUAUUGUUCAGUUGAACAGAUUUGGUGAUAGAAAAAAGAAAUGAAAAUCUUCUGAUUAGAUUGGAUAUGCUUAAUGAAUGAUUAGUAAGAAUUGGCAUAAAUCAUUAAAUUGUAAGAGUACUUCCAAGGCAAUCAAUUUUAGCAAGCUCACAUAGAUUUGUGUCCAUUUAUCCUCACUUCAUAUUAUAUUACAUGAUAUUCAUUAAUAGUUAAUUUAGUUAAUGUAAAUAUUCAUAAAUGAUUGGACUUAGCAAUUAACAAU